AUGCUCAACACCGACGACCUUGAGUACGAGAAUGUGUAUGGGGAGGAGGAGGACUACGACGAAGUCCCGGAGAUGGACAGCUCGGAGCAGCCCGCGAUGGGCGCCGAGCCCUGCAGCCUGCCACUGGAUGAGGGGGACUGCCAGCGCUACACACUGCGGUGGUACUACAACCAAAGAGUCACCGAGUGCCGGCCCUUCGUCUACAGUGGCUGCCGGGGCAACCUCAACCGCUUCGACAGCAAGGAGGAGUGCGAGCUGCACUGCGGGCAGCACCCAGGGGCAGGUGCCCGUGGCGUUGCCAGCGGCAAGGCUCUCCCAGCCGCGGUGCACUGCAGGACGCUGCUCACCUUCCUGGUGGUCCUCGGGGCGCCAGCAAGAGCCUGGAAGGGGCCAAGCCACGAGCGGCUCCUGCUAGCCCCCCAAGCUGGGGACGGAGGCAAGCUGACAAGGCAGGAAAGCACCAGCGCUAACGAGAUGCUGCCGGGUCUCACCAAAAUGAAGAGGAGCGACCACGGCUCUGAGGAAGGGUUUCAUCCGGACAAAGCCAGCCUGCCGCUGCUAGAGGGGUCAGCAAGAAAAGCAUUGCCCUGGCCAAUGAGCCCAGCCGCCAAGAGACCUGCUCCCAGGAAAAAGGUGGGAAAGGUGUCCCUGUCACUUGAUGUCCCCACCCACGUACUGAAAAUCCUGCUCGACCUAGCCAGAGAGAAGGAGCUGCAGGCCAAGGUGGCUGCCAAUGCCGAGCUGAUGGCCCGCCUCGGGCGCAGGAAAUAA